GCAUCGAUAUCAAUUGAUUUUAUUCGAUUCCAAGUCAGUUUUAGUUAGCUGAAAAAUUUAAAAAAAACCGAAAAUGAAAUUCUUCAUUGUUUUUGCUACCUUGGUCGCUGCUGCCAGCGCUGUUCCAUACGCUACCCAUGGUGGUAUCGUCAACACUGGUGCUUCAGCUGUUAGCCGAUCAGAUGAUGGUUAUGGCAACUAUGCUUUCGGUUACAAUGAAGAUCACGCCACUGGUGGUACCUUCCGUAAAGAAAAAGGUGGUCCAGGUUAUCAAACUGGUUCAUACGGUCUCCGUGAUGCUGAUGGCCGUAUGCGUGUUGUCAACUAUGUUGCCGAUGCUCAUGGUUUCCGAGCUUCAGUUCAAACCAAUGAACCAGGUACCGAUCCAAAACAAGAUCCAGCUGCAACUUCAUUGACCGGUGGUCAUGCUGGUGUUAUCGCUGGUCCAGCAAUCGCAGCUGCUCCAAUUGCCCACGCCGCUCCAUUGAUGGCUGCUCCAAUUGCCCACGCCGCUCCAAUCGCUCAUGGUUUGCCAAUCGCCUCAUCAUAUUCAGUAUCAACUCAACAUGCUUCAAUUGCUGCUCCAAUGCACGCUGCACCACUUGCUGGUUAUGGUUAUGCUAAAGCUGGUUACGGCUUGGGUGGUCACUAUUAAGUGAAACAUAAAAUGCUCAACUAUGACUUUUAACUGAAACAAAUUCCGAUCAAAAAAAGACUUAAAAAUUGUAUUCAAAAUUGAUCACCAAAAAAAACCCCAAACACACCCACAAACAAAUGACAAAUGGAUUCAAAUUAAUGUCGAAUCCGGAUAUUGCCAUUGCCAAAUACACC